CAAUAAAAUGCAUAUUAUAACACCUACCUACAUCGAGGGAUUUUUGCAUCCGUCCCAUUUCACCAGCACGAAUCAAGUCCACCCCGUCCUAGUCCAUUUAAAUUGAAACCAUGCAGCGUAAGCAGUGUGUCCCCUUCAUGUGGUGUUUCUUGUCACGCUGCUAUUUUCACCGUUGGAUCUUUAGCUCCAAGCCUUUCACAAUGUAUCUACCUCGAGCCCAACAAGCGUUUUAGGGAAUUUAAUUCACUGUUGGUAUCUAAACGGCGUUUUAAAUUAAUUGUAUGCAUGAUAUUGAAUUUCCUUACUUAGGAACCAUCAAGAAAUGAUUUUAAAAUAUUUUGCCCCCCCCCCCUUUCCCGCUCCAACUUCUUUUUUACUGUUUUCUCUACCAUCAGAACUCAUACAAAAUAAUUAGACUCCCUCCUCACCUAUAUGUAAUGAUCGCAUAGACAUCAUUCAUAUAUUAGCACCACAAAAAAAAAAUCACAUUGUCAUACCCGUCGACUUCACUGCUGCCAGAGGCUAGUGAAAAGGGAGGGGUGGUAAAGGGGGGCACCCUCCAAACUCAAGGGAGUAUCGGAUUCCGACAAACUUGACCGACCAGUUGAACCGGUUUGCUUGAAACUGACCGUUAACCAGAAUUGUAAAAACAUAAUCAUUGUCGGACCCACGCUCGGACCCACCCUCGGACCCACACUCGCACCCACACUCGGACCCACACUCGGACCCACACUCGGACCCACCCUCGGACCCACCCUCGGACCCACCCUCGGACCCACACUCGCACCCACACUCGGACCCACCCUCGGACCCACACUCGGACCCACCCUCGGACCCACCCUCGGACCCACCCUCGGACCCACCCUCGGACCCACCCUCGGACCCACCCUUGGACCCACCCUCGGACACUCACUCGGAGCCAGAAACCGAUGACGACUUCUCCCCGGAAUUUUCUUGUUUCAUGAAUUUCCGGCUCUUCGGUCCGGCAUCGACGGUCAUCAGAGUCAAGUUUUCCCGCACCCGAUUCUGGAAUUCGAUCCGGCAUCUCUGGAAACCACAGAGUGCCAGAUGUGGUCACGGCACCCCUUACGGAUUUGAGCUUUGCACCUUGAAAAUAAUUGGAUGAUAGCUAAAUUUGCUCACACGAUAUAGACUAUAGACAGUUUUGAGGUAUGCCACCACCCCCACCCACCUAAAUGAUAGUCUACUAUAACUCGAUGCUAUCUUUAAGUUGCUUUAAUUUAAUCUGAAAACAACAGCACAGCAAUGCAGCCAGCAAUGCAUUGCUUUAAUAUAAUGAAAGAAGAAAAAUAAUUUUAAAGAUAUCUUCAAUUAUUAACUAUAAACAUUGAAAAUAAAUGAGUUAACUUGUUAGAGCUGAUUUGUUGCUAAAAGUACUUGAGUUGGAAACUGGUAUAACCUCGUGUCAUGUUUAACAUUUGAAGCCUUAAUUCACAAGAGGAUGAUUGUCUUAUAUUCCUAUACAGGGCGAUCCACUGUGCCCAAGAUAUUACUACAGAGCGAAGAACGUCUGAGUGAGCAGGCCAGGCAGUCAAGCGUGAGUAGUUGAACUUGACAGUUUCUCCUGAACAUUUACUGCCUACUUCAACUCGAAUCUGGCAAUUUCCCAUCUCACUCAACUCCAAUCUGGCAAUUUCCCAUCUCAUUCAACUCUAAUCUGGCAAUUUCCCAUCUCAUUCAACUCUAAUCUGGCAAUUUUCCAUCUCAUUAAACUCCAAUCUGGCAAUUUCCCAUCUCAUUUACUCUAAUCUGGCAAUUUCCCAUCUCAUUCAACUCUAAUCUGGCAAUUUCCCAUCUCAUUCAACUCCAACCUGGCAAUUUCCCAUCUCAUUCAACUCUAAUCUGGCAAUUUUCCAUCUCAUUCAACUCCAAUCUGGCAAUUUCCCAUCUCAUUCAACUCCAAUCUGGCAAUUUCCCACAUACUUCAAUUCUAAUGUACAACAAUUUCCCCAAAUUCUUCAAUUCUAAUCUAGCAAUUUCCCCACCUACUUCAAUUCUAAUCUGGCAAUAUCCCACAUAUUUCAAUUCUAAUCUAGCAAUUUCCCCAAAUUCUUCAAUUCUAAUCUAGCAAUUUCCCCACCUACUUCAAUUCUAAUCUGGCAAUAUCCCACAUAUUUCAAUUCUAAUCUAGCAAUUUCCCCAAAUUCUUCAAUUCUAAUCUAGCAAUUUCCCCACCUACUUCAAUUCUAAUCUGGCAAUAUCCCACAUAUUUCAAUUCUAAUCUAGCGAUUUCUCCACCUUGUUAAACUCUAAUCUGGCAAUUUCUCACAUAUUUUGACUCUAAUCUGACAAUUUCCCCCUCCAUAAAUUCUAAUCUGGCAAUUUCUCAACUACUUCAAUUCUAAUCGGACAAUUUCCCCAACUUCUUCAAUUCUAAUCGUGCAAUUUCCCACCUACUUCAAAUCUAAUGUGCUAUUUUACAAAGAUGGACACUUUUUUUGGUGCGCUUAUCUUGACUGAGAUGGCUGGCAGUGACGUUAGGUGUGCUCUGCAAUUCCGCGAAUGCAGGUGGACUCGGAUAUUUAAAGGGUCCGAAUUUCUAUUGUGGGGGGAAAAAUCCUAAUAGUGGCAGAUAGCCUCCAUGUGUCACGUGAUGGCUCUGAAUGCCGGCUGGGGGAACAAAGGGGGAGGUAUGAUUUGGUUGGUGGGGGGGGGGGGGGCUGAAAUACAAAUAAUUACGUGUAAUUAGCUUUAUCACGUGUACAAAUGGUGCUAUUUUUAGCGGCUGGUUUCUGUUUCAGGAUUCAAGGUGCUGCGAAGUGCCGGAAGUCAAGAAAAGGGACCCCCACAUCCAUCAACUCAUUCUGUCUAUUGCGCAAGAUAUCCCGGAAGAGAGCCUGCUUUGGAAAUUCCCCACGGGAAUAGACGCCUUUUCUUACAGGUACCGCUCCUGUAUGUAUUUCAUUUGAGUCGUAGGUUUCUCUCUGCUAUCAGAUUUACUUGGGGCUUGAACGACAUGGCAACGAUCAUUUGAUCAUUUUAAAAGGUAAUUGAAAAUGUAAACAUGGUGUUAUUGCUAGUGAUGUUGAGACAGUACGGGAAUAAUUUCAAUGUACAUUGAACACAUUUCGAACACACGCACAACACAUUUCAAGCAAAAACACAACACAUAAUGUUUAGCCUUCGAAGAAAAAAUUCAACAAUCACGAAAUCUCCAGGCUUAAAAACUUGGUUGAAAACUACAUUUUUAUUGGAGGGAUUGUUCCAUACAUUCUCUAUUGAAGGGAUUGUUCCAUGCAUUUUUUUUGGAGGGAUUGUUCCAUACAUUCUUUUGCGAUUGCCUGAUUCUCGAGUCAUCUUUCAAUGUGUUAGUGAGCUGCUAUUGCCUGAUUCUGGAGUCAUCUUUCAAUGUGUUAGUGAGCUGCUAUUGCCUGAUUCUGGAGUCAUCUUUUUAUGUGUUAGUGAGCUGCUAUUGCCUGAUUCUGGAGUCAUCUUUUAAUGUGUUAGUGAGCUGCUAUUGCCUGAUUCUGGAGUCAUAUUUUAAUGUGUUAGUGAGCUGCUAUUGCCUGAUUCUGGAGUCAUCUUUUAAUGUGUUAGUGAGCUGCUAUUGCCUGAUUCUGGAGUCAUCUUUUUAUGUGUUAGUGAGCUGCUAUUGCCUGAUUCUGGAGUCAUCUUUCAAUGUGUUAGUGAGCUGCUAUUGCCUGAUUCUGGAGUCAUCUUUCAAUGUGUUAGUGAGCUGCUAUUGCCUGAUUCUGGAGUCAUCUUUUAAUGUGUUAGUGAGCUGCUAUUGCCUGAUUCUGGAGUCAUCUUUCAAUGUGUUAGUGAGCUGCUAUUGCCUGAUUCUGGAGUCAUCUUUCAAUGUGUUAGUGAGCUGCUAUUGCCUGAUUCUGGAGUCAUCUUUUUAUGUGUUAGUGAGCCGCUAUUGCCUGAUUCUGGAGUCAUCUUUCAAUGUGUUAGUGAGCUGCUAUUGCCUGAUUCUGGAGUAAUCUUUUUAUGUGUUAGUGAGCUGCUAUUGCCUGAUUCUGGAGUCAUCUUUUAAUGUGUUUCUGAGCUGCUAUUGCCUGAUUCUGGAGUCAUCUUUUAAUGUGUUAGUGAGCUGCUAUUGCCUGAUUCUGGAGUCAUCUUUCAAUGUGUUAGUGAGUUGCUAUUGCCUUAUUCUGGAGUCAUCUUUCAAUGUGUUAGUGAGCUGCUAUUGCCUGAUUCUGGAGUCAUCUUUCAAUGUGUUAGUGAGCUGCCAUUGCCUGAUUCUGGAGUCAUCUUUUUAUGUGUUAGUGAGCUGCUAUUGUCUGAUUCUGGAGUCAUCUUUCAAUGUGUUAGUGAGCUGCUAAUGCCUGAUUCUGGAGUCAUCUUUUUAUGUGUUAGUGAGCUGCUAUUGCCUGAUUCUGGAGUCAUCUUUCAAUGUGUUAGUGAGCUGCUAUUGCCUGAUUCUGGAGUCAUCUUUUUAUGUGUUAGUGAGCUGCUAUUGCCUGAUUCUCGAGUCAUCUUUUUAUGUGUUAGUGAGCCGCUAUUGCCUGAUUCUGGAGCCAUCUUUCAAUGUGUUAGUGAGCUGCUAUUGCCUGAUUCUGGAGUCAUCUUUUUAUGUGUUAGUGAGCUGCUAUUGCCUGAUUCUCGUGUCAUCUUUCAAUGUGUUAGUGAGCUGCUAUUGCCUGAUUCUCGUGUCAUCUUUCAAUGUGUUAGUGAGCUGCUAUUGCCUGAUUCUGGAGUCAUCUUUUAAUGUGUUAGUGAGCUGCUAUUGCCUGAUUCUGGAGUAAUCUUUUAAUGUGUUAGUGAGCUGCUAUUGCCUGAUUCUCGUGUCAUCUUUCAAUGUGUUAGUGAGCUGCUAUUGCCUGAUUCUGGAGUCAUCUUUCAAUGUGUUAGUGAGCUGCUAUUGCCUGAUUCUGGAGUCAUCUUUUAAUGUGUUAGUGAGCUGCUAUUGCCUGAUUCUGGAGUCAUCUUUCAAUGUGUUAGUGAGCCGCUAUUGCCUGAUUCUGGAGUCAUCUUUCAAUGUGUUAGUGAGCUGCUAUUGUCUGAUUCUGGAUUCAUCUUCUUAUGUGUUAGUGAGCUGCUAUAGCCUGAUUCUGGAGUCAUCUUUCAAUGUGUUAGUUAGCUGCUAUUGCCUGAUUCUGGAGUCAUCUUUUUAUGUGUUAGUGAGCUGCUAUUGUCUGAUUCUGGAGUCAUCUUUCAAUGUGUUAGUGAGCUGCUAUUGCCUGAUUCUGGAGUCAUCUUUUUAUGUGUUAGUGAGCUGCUAUUGCCUGAUUCUCGAGUCAUCUUUUUAUGUGUUAGUGAGCCGCUAUUGCCUGAUUCUGGAGUCAUCUUUCAAUGUGUUAGUGAGCUGCUAUUGCCUGAUUCUGGAGUCAUCUUUUUAUGUGUUAGUGAGCUGCUAUUGCCUGAUUCUGCAGUCAUCUUUUUAUGUGUUAGUGAUCUGCUAUUGCCUGAUUCUGGAGUCAUCUUUCAAUGUGUUAGUGAGCUGCAAUUGCCUGAUUCUGGAGUCAUCUUUCAAUGUGUUCUUGAACUGCUAUUCAAAGUGUAAUAAAGUGUUACUUUGAUGUGUUGUAAUUAAAAAUUUGGGGUAUUUGUUUUAUAAAAAAAAAAUAUUUUCAAUUUCACCCAACACAUUAACUGGGAAAUGGCCUAUUUGCAGGAAAGACAAAGAGGCUGAAGUCAUCUUCAACAAACAUCGCGCUCCUUUGCACAAUGACGUUUCUGAAGUGUGGUCUUUUAAAAGGUCAGUGAGGCUACACAUAAUCAAGGAUUUGAAAACAAUUCAUUUUCACUCUCAACAUCGGUCAUUUCUGGUUAAAAUUUUAUUGUCAAAGAGUCACAGAAUAUACAGCAGCUGGGAAUCCAAGCAUGGAAAAGAAAAGCAUUAGUUAGAUCAGGGUGCAAGGAAUUAGUGAGGCAGGCCAAAGCCUUACGCGAGUCUUAGCACCACAGGGGUGGAUGGAGUGACACAGAAACUUCCAGGAGUCGUUGUUUUAGAUGGCUGCCUGUCCAGCUUGAUGCAGCACAAGACCUCCACAAGGGCAACACCUUAUGUCCAAUUGGUCUUCUGAGAAGCACUGUUAUAGAUCAUAAACAUUACCACGGAAGAUUUAACUGUCAUAUAUUUUCCCAUUAACAUAAAUUCAAGGCCACAAAAUUUCCCCCCUAAGCGCACGGUAUACUGCUCUUAAAGAUAAAUUCCCCUCUAAGCGCACGGUAUUCUGCUCUUACAGAUACAGGGAGGCACUUGGCCAAGAUAGACUCAGCGGAGACAGCACGUACAUGCGUAAAGGAUCAAGAAUGAGCUCCUUCACCGCCAGGUCUCCCACCAGAGGCAGCUUAUACAUCCCGGUGCCUACUAGCUCCAAAUCGACAACCACUAUCCCUUCGGUGACGACCUUGGGUUGGUUGACUUAUUUCCAUGGUUUCAUAUGACGUUGCAAGGGUUAAUUCCAAUCAGGGCGGGCGGACAAUUUUUCCGCUGCUUUCCUCGCAGGGAACGCUCCCUCCGUGACCCCUUUUCCACGCCAUUAACAUCUUAAUAAAAGCAGCAGACCAUCGAGGCAGAGCUCAUUUGGUCUUCCCCGACAUACCCCUUCCUCCCUCCACCUCGAAUAGCGCUAGCUAGACAGGCCUGAAAGCGGCACGCUGGAGGCACUCCGCCACUGAGACAGCCCCGCCCGCCUUCCACUCGACUGACUACGCGCGUGGGGUGGCAUCAACCAAGGAACACCUGGUCGGCUGGUGAUGAUGCUCUCGUAGCAGAUGCAGACGAACACUCUUGGAGAUGGGAUAUGGGUAUAUUUUAACGUCCCUAAACACUCCCAUUCCGAACCACGGGUGGCGUCAGACGCCCUCUAACAGAGAUUUCUUCACGGGGGUUUCUACUUUGUGAUCAGGUGACAUCGCGGCUUGGGGAGAAACGGGCUGUAGGAUAGAACCAUCAGCACGAGCUGACACAACCCAGCCACGCCUCUUACCCAUUAACGCCAACACGUAAUCAUAUCCCGAUAUGUUUCUUUUCUGCGUCACUGCACGCGCCGAUCGUGUGAGGUCCCACGAAGCCUAUUGCUUGCCACCAUCGACUUUCAAUAUAAAACCAGCCGACGUAACUAUGCAGCAACACACGUCACUCACAAAGGUAUCAGGAAGGGUGGGCAGACACUGAAGAAUGCUACAUAGUUUGGUUGUAGAACGGAGGGAUGGGGGGCACCUACCCUAACUAUGACACUGGACAGUGAGUGACAUAAUUAGGCGUACCGCCGACCUAGGUAAACUGUAACUCCACCCCUUCACCAAACAUCAACUAAAGUCAGUUUAGUUCAGGGUAUGUUUUGAGCUCCAAUUAAAUUUUAUCUCUGGAAUCGAUACAUCCCAAUUAUAUAAACAACGUUAAAUGAAAAUCACAUUUCGUCAAUAGAAGGGGAUCAUUCAAAUGACACACAUCCAGUGUCUGUUUAUUUAAGGUACAAACACUAUCAUUUUGAUUAGGGUAGGGGGGAAGAAAGUGAAAGGGUGGACGUCUACCGAACGAAAUUGGGGAGGGGCCUAGGGAAGGGUUCACCUAACCCCAGAAAUAUUUUUUUUUUCAAAUCAAGGGUCAAGUCUUUGAAUUCAAUGUUUCUUUCAGGAAAAAAAAUCAUCCAAGGAGGGCACAUUUCAGGGCGACAGGGCAUAUAUCAAGGAUGCAAAUUGGGUAUUAGGACACCCGGUGUCAUAUAUAACUUGAAUUCACUCAGGUUGUUGCGCAUAGGAGGGUGUUCCUUUGGUCCUAACUUAGUUUCGCCACUGUACUAUAACACUGAUAGGCAAAAAAAAAAAAGGGGAGGGGGGGGGUAAAAGCAGCAAACUAUGGCGUCGAAGGCUAGCAUAGGAGGGUGUUCCUUUGGUCCUAACUUAGUUUCGCCACUGUACUAUAACACUGAUAGGCAAAAAAAAAAGGUGAGGGGGGGUGUAAAAGCAGCAAUCUAUGGCGUCGAAGGCUCCCGAGGAAAUGUGAGGUAGGGGCUGGGAGGGGGGGGGUCUUUGAGUCCUUUCCCAGAAAUGUUUUGAUGAAUUAAAAAUGCAAUGAUUCAUUUUAGCGCAUAUCUAAAUUUAUUUUUCGUGAUUCCAAACUGAAUCGUACAACACCAAAAUGUAGGUGUCUCUCAACCUGUUUAUACUUAAUAAUUUUUAUAGUUUAACUUGUUACUUCAUAGUGUUUUUUCUUUCAUAAUAUAUUUUUAUCAAACUAUUUAUUUUGUUAAAUUGCUUCAUUUAAAAAUAAAAUGUUUAAAAAAUUUACACAUACAAUUAUUUCUAAUAUAUUAUAUUUUCGUUUUUAUGGCUGUGCACAUUUUUCUCUGGGGGGAGGCGGCACUGGUCCCCACGCCCCAUGGAAGAACAGUUGAGGCAACAACACUUUCCACAUUUGCGUCUAUUGCCUCAGGCCUUCCAACCCCCAGUGCAUGAUACCCUCACAAAGUGGCCCUUGCAACCAGUGAAAUAUCCUCCUCAACACCAGGCACAGAAACAUUGCAAAUCCCCCUCUACACACAUAGGAGCCAAAGUGAUCAAUAAAUUAAUCGUGAGUCCUUGAUAUCUAGAAGAAUAAGAAACACUGUCGAGUGUGAUAAACAGCAUCUGAGUCCUCGUGCUACUUGCCGAUAGGUGCUAGGGGUCUACGACAAGUAACGCAAUAGGCCCACCGUGCUUUUCUUAUUGACAGGAAUAACAAAAGGGGGAUAGCCCCGCAGCUCAUGUUUCGCAUUACAUCAUAUGAUAUCUUAACAGUUUAGUAGACUUUCCAACUGUAAGGCACGUCACUUCGUAUGAAGAUUUCUCCCCCCCCCCCCCCCCCCCACCUUUUUCUGAAUUUCGGUCUCUUAUGUCCGUCUAAAUUUUAGCCGUAAUACUGAUCCAAUGGGAUUCUCGCCUUAAGUGAUUCACACACAAGCCACCUAAGUGAAUAAACGUACGGACUUAUUUGUUUCUCAUUGUUUCCAUUUCAGCGGAAGAUGUCCUCAGCGCAAGGGUACCGACAUCCAAAGAAUUACCUCGCAUCAAAUUUAAACUACCCCGUGUUUUAUCGGUAGUGUUUUUUUCUUUUUAAAUUGACCCCGUGGUUCCGGCAUAAAUUUAUGCUAUUCAUUCAACAUUUGAAGUGAAAUAUUUACUACAAUUAGGUUCUUUGCUCCUGUUGAAAAAGUUUGUUUACGUAAAUAACAAAAAUUAAAAUAACUAGUUUGAAAUGAUUUUUGAAGUGAAUAAGGUAUAUAUAUAUGUAUAUAUAUAUAUCAUCGUAUUUGUGCUAGUUCUGAAUUAGGCUGUGGGUGCGCAGAUGGCUCAUGAGACCGAUUCUGGCACGAAAUUUUCUUGUGCAGUAAGAGGCCGUCUAUAAAUUACAUCAAACUGUCUUUGGAAUUCCACUCCCCCCCCCCAAACUUCGCCUUCCCUGUGUCAAAGUCUGCCAUAAAUCUUAGACAACCCCCUCCCCACUUUUUAUUUCGAGUACGUCAAACUUUAGAAAUAAAAACAUCGUAAAAAAAAAUAAAAUAAAUAAAACUUAAUCUAAAACAUACUUCACUAUUAAACAUUCAAAUUAAUAAAAAUGACAUCGUAUGCAAGUGUGAGAGCACAUCCAUCACAACAGAAAGUUCAACGUCACUGCCAAAUUCAGGUUUUAUGAGUAAGAUUAAACAGUCAUAAACUGUCAAACUUUCUUAGACCCCGCCUCCCCCUUUCCCUCUCUGGAGCCUGACGUAGUUAUUUGACGGCCCCUAAGUGCCUGGCAUGGAUAGGUCAUCUCUAGUUGUAGAGUUAAACCGCACUUCUCUGGCAUGUCUUUUGUGCUGUACAGCCGCUGAUCUGUUGGCUUCGUGUUGUAUCAAGCCCUUGUGUACAGAGGAACGCCGCGAUGCACGAUGCUUUGCCGAUUCUUCCCAUGUGUCCGGGCUUGUAUCAGUGAGACUUUUAGUCGUCUUCAUAGCGUUUCUUCUGACCAUCCACUAACCGCCAUCCAUGUCCGAGCUCACCAUAGAAUAGUUUGGGCAAGCGGUCGUCUGAAAUUCUCACAGCACGUCCCUAAGUGCCAUAAGACGCCAAUUUCAUCUUUUAUUUACAGGUUUCGUUUGUGACAAUUCGUCAAUAUUACUGCAUGUAACGUACUAUUUGAUAUGACUUCAAAUGAAACUUUGAUUGAGACUGUAAUUGUCACUGUAGUUGUGACUGGAAGCUCGCCUUUAUAUGCAACUAAAAUGUGACUGUAAUUGUGACACUCUUGUAUAUGUAACUAUAAUGUUACUUUGUAAUUGUGACGCGCAUGUAUACGAAACUAAAAAUGUUACUUUGACUGUAAGAUGAUUUGUUCAAUGCCAACAGAGGCAGGGCGUCCUGGAGCCUAUCCCGUGGUUCCUGGAGAGACUGUCCGAGUCCUGCCGGUCAUGUCGUUUCGGCCUGCCCAUGGACAUGAGAAUGUUUGAACGUAAGUCCCGUACAUAAUAUGUGUUUGUCUAUUUAGACUUUCUGUCAUCUCUGGGUCAGACGUGUUUAGUACCAAUGGAUAUUUUCCAACGAAAUUCGAAGUUUAAAAAAUACAACAAAAAAUAAUUGAAUUAGUAGCUUUAUUCUGUGGAGUAUGUGUUCUGUGGAGUAUGUGGUCUGUUGAGUAUGUGUUCGGUGGAGCAAUAGUAUCUGUUAUGUUGCUGUCUGCAUUAUGGUUUAGCUCUAUUUGGUGUGUUCCCUGUUCUUUUUUAACACUGUAGUAUCUCUUUUGUGAAUUUCAUUAUUUAUAUAUUGCUUUUAAUUUAUACAUACUGCCUGUAUUCAACGAUUUUUCUGAUUUAACGAAUGUCUGUAUUUCAUUAAAGUCCAUAUUUUGUCUAACAACAUGUCUCUCGAUAAUCACAUCUCUCACAUUUGUCGCUCUGCAUACCCCGCUAUUCGUCAGAUAAGCUCCAUCCCCCCCCCCCCAAAUCCUUACACAAGGUGCAACAAAAGCCCUAGUCUGUGCUCUUGUUCUCUCUCGUCUUGACUAUUGUAAUUCUCUUCUAUCAGGUGCACCAAAACACUUCUUAGAAAAAUUACAAAAGGUUCAAAACUCAGCCGCUAGGCUACUUCCAAAGUCAAGAAAACGUGAUCACGUCACACCACUACUUCAUUCUCUUUAUUGGCUCCCUACGCAAGCACAAACUCUCUGUUCUCUGCCACAACUUUUUCUCGAAUUCCUCCCCUUCUUAUCUAACCGAACUUCUCUCAGUCUAUUCACCCCUUCGACAGCUUCGCUCCUCCGCAGACGCGCAUAUUCUUUCUGUCCCCAAGACUCGCACAAAAACAUACGUUGAAUGAUCGUUCUCUUUCUGUGCACCCAAACAAUGGAAUUCUCUUCCAUUACACAUCAGCAAUAUACCGAACAUCACAACCUUCAAAACUGCACCCAAAACACAUCUUUUUAAUCUCUACUAUCCUGACUGAUGCCCACCUCUGACCGAAAAACGAUGGUACUGAGUGUCAUCCAUGGCUUGAGGUGUAAAUAGUUUUAAAUAUAACUUUGUUUUGUUUUAUCUAAUUAAUGUAUGUCAAUUAUUUUUUUAAGUUUUUGGUUAUGUCUGUUAAGUUGUAUGUACAGCGUGGUGAGCCUAGUCCUAGGCUGGGGUUAUGUCUGUUAAGUUGUAUGUACAGCGUGGUGAGCCUAGUCCUAGGCUGGGGUUAUGUCUGUUAAAUUGUAUGUACAGCGUGGUGAGCCUAGCCCUAGGCUGGGGUUAUGUCUGUUAAAUUGUAUGUACAGCGUGGUGAGCCUAGCCCUAGGCUGGGGUUAUGUCUGUUAAAUUGUAUGUACAGCGUGGUGAGCCUAGUCCUAGGCUGGGGUACCACGCUAUAUAAAACAACGUAUAAUAAUAAUAAUAAUAAUAAUAUUUCAGGACUGUCUGUAUUUUAUGAAUUUCUUUAUUCAAAGACUGUCUGUAUUGUAUAAGUGUCUGCUCUUUAUGAAUGUCUGUAUUUCAUGAAUGUCUGUAUUUCAUGAAUGUCUGUAUUUCAUGAAUUUCUGUAUUUCAGGACUGUCUGUAUUUCAGGUCUGUCUGUUUUUCAUAUCUGUACAACAUAAAUGUAUGUAUUCCUUGACUAUAUAACAUGAAUACAUGUAUUUCAUAAUUAUCGGUAUUUCGUGACUGUCUGAAAUCAAUGAACAUAACCAUGAUUGUCUAUUUUCCAUGGACGUCUGUAUUCCAUGACAGUCUGUAUUUUAUGAAUGUCUGAUAUUUCAUUAAUGUCUGUAUUCCAGGCCUGUCUGUAUUUCUUAACUGUACAACAUAAAUGUAUGUAUUCCUUGACUCUAUAGCAUGAAUGCAUGAAUUUCAUGAUUAUCUGUAUUCCAUGAAUGUCUGUAUUCCAUAACUGUCUGUAUACCAUGACUAUCUGUAUUUCAUGACUGUCCUUAUUCCAUGACUCUCUGUAUUGUACGAAGUCUCUACUCCACAACUGCCUGUAUUCCAUGACAGCCCAUAACUGUAUUCCACGAAUGUCUGUAUUUCAUGUCUGUCUGUAUUACAUUACUGUAUUCCAAGAAGUCUCUAUUCCAUGAAGUCUCUAUUCCAUGUCUGCCUGUAUUCCAUAACUGUCUUCCUUGAAGUCUCUAUUUCAUGAGGUCUAUGUUCAUGAUUUUCUUAAUUCCAUAACUGUCUGGAUUCCAUGACCGCCUGUGUUCCUUGCAAUGCCUUCAUUCCAAGAACUGUCUAUAUUCCAGGAAUGACUAUCUCUCAGUACCUACUCGGCUAUUGCCACAUUCCAUUAAAUAGGUUCAUCGUCUAUAGAAAGUGUUACAGAAAGCACAAGCCCAAAUACAAUGAUCUACUACCGAUGCAGGUCAGUGGCCUGAAAUACAAUAAUAUCUUAAUGCGAGAAUAUUGUCUCAAAAAGGCCUGCCGCGUAUACCAGCCAUUAGAAAGAUGACAGACGAGACCAUCAGUAUUAAAAAUAAAAUCAGCACAGUAUAACAUUGGAUAAGUUGUUUUGACUGGGGAAGGGGUGUGGUGGGGGGUUACAUGGUGCAGAUCGCACUGGGUGACAUCCUCUCAAUGGGAGGGUGUGGUCGGGGGAUACGUGGUGCUGAUCGCACUGGGUGACACCCUCUAAAUAGGAGGGGGUGGUCGGGGGGUUAAGUGGUGCAGAUCGCACUGGGUGACACGCUCUCAAUGGGAGGGUGUGGUCGUGAGGUUACGUGGUGCAGAUCGCACUGGGUGACACCCUCUGGGUGACAUGGGAGGGGUUGGGCGGGGGAGGCACCAAAUAGGACAUUGCAAAUCUGACAGAGUUUGCUUGAGUCUUUUUCAUAAAAGAACUCGGCUAAAUAGCAGAGCUGGGAGUCACAUGACAGAUCAGAGUGCCACCACAGUAGGGUGUCACCACAGUAGGGUGUCACCACAGUUCACCACCAAGGGUGUCACCACAGUAGGGUGUCACCACAGUAGGGUGUCACCACAUUAGGGUGCCACCACUCAGCUAAAUUGCAGAGCUGGGAGUCAGGUGACAGAUAAAGGUUGCGUCCGAUCAGUGUGCCACCGCAGUAGGUUGCCUCCACAAUAGGGUGCCUUCACAGUAGGGUGUCACCAGAGACGGCCGACUGGGAGUCGGUCCAUGCGGAAGUUCAAGAGGGCUGUGACACCAACCCCGGCGAUGCCACUGUAUAGGAUAACCAUAUUAAUGUUGCGAUGACGUAGAAAGAAAAGGGAGGAGAUGUGUGAUGAAGAUACUGCAUCCAGUAACAGAAACUGAGAACGCUCUCAUUUAAUGAAAAUCCCCCCCCCCCCACAACCCUCCAGAUCAUCGAGACGGCACUGCAAGACAUCCUAAGCAACUCCGUCUCAAAGAAAGACAUCGCGACGCUGUUCAAGGCCCUAGACAUCACCAGUGCAACAAAGAUGGAUCUGACGCUUUUCUCGGCCGUAUGCGCAGUUGCAGAGCGCAUCUUGUACGUCAGCUACGCGUAGGUAUCUUUAAGCCAUCUUUACGGCCCAGGUUAAGCGUCCCAGUAACAUCUUUGUCAGGGAGUCAAGUUGAAUAGUUUGGCAUUAAUGUCCUUGACCUUGACCUUUCGGGGCGGGCGGGGUGAUUUUGUGAGUGUAGUAUUUUAAACAUAAUAAUAAUGAUAUUAGAAAUAUAAUAAUAAUUAUAAUGAGGGGAAUAAUAAUAAUUAAAAUAAUUGUAAUGAUAAUAAUAAUGAUAUUAAUAAUGAUACUAAGAAUAAUGAUAGUUAUGAUAACAAUAAAAUAAUAAUAACAGUACGAAUGAUGAUAAUAAUAUGAUGAUGAUAACCAAAGUAAUAAUAAUGAUAAUAAUAAUAAAUAAUUUUAAUUGUAAAUAAAUAAAUACUUAUUUCAUUCAAUUAAAUCCUCAAGUAAUGUAUUUUCAAUACAACAACAACAACAACAACAACACACAGUCUCAUCACUACAUCAGUUGUCUUUAUUUGAACAGGUGCAUCUACAACACCAUCGACGUGGCUCGUGGCAACCUGGAGUACGCUGAUUUCAGCGCACUGAAGUGGAAACUCGAAGGGAUCAAGAUCGACCCGUUCCUGCGGAGGCUGCUGAUGUCCUUGGGCUGAAUCACUCCGAGAGAACACAGCUUCUUCCCUCGUGGUGAAAUCAUGACGUUGGCGUCGAGUUCUGGUGGAAUUUGCCGCCAUCGUGUACUGGUGACCGGGGGGGGGGAGGAAGAAGGCAGGCCGAGG